AUGCUUUCCAGCAGCAACUACUCUGUGGCAUCUAUCACUUCCUUGUCGUGCCUUGCGGCUGUCUCCAACACCUCCGCUUGUCCUGCCAUUGACCUGCAGACUGUGUAUAUUGUCGUCGUUGAGAAGGGGAAGGCGCCAGAGACUGAUGGCUUCAUCGUCUCCACUACCCUUGCCGAUGCCGACCUGUCCAACUUCCGCCAGUCGAUCGCAAAGCGUAGUCCCGGUGCAUUGUUCGUUCCUGAGGCAAUCCAGCUCGAGGAUAUUAACGGCAAGGUCAUUGAGAGCAUCGGUCAUCUAUCUGCCUGCAAGGUCGCGUUCUUGGCAAAGCCAGUUUCUGUCCGAGAGGCACCCUUGGUACCCGGAUACCCACUUAUUGGGGCUUUGCCACGGUUUAUGAGGAAUUUCCGCGAAGGAUUGAGCAGCAUGCACGAUUCUCAUGGCGACACUGUUCAGCUCUACAUUUUCAGCCAAAGGUUUUUUGUGACGCGUGACCCGACUCGUGCUGAAGAGCAGCCAUUUGCUGAAUUGCAGGAACUUGGCGGGAAGGGGCUAUUCACAACGACUGCAUCUGAUCCUGCGUGGCAACUUGCCCACCGACUUCUCCUGCCGGCUUUCUCUGCCAGCGCUAUGAGGAUCUACAGCAAUAAGAUACUCAUGGUAGCUGAGGAGGCAUCCAGCUGGCUCAACCCCCGUCUGAACGAGCCGUUCACUGUCGUCGACUUUACUACCAACAUGACGUUCCAGACAAUUGGUAUUGUUGGUUUCGGUUAUGAUUUUCAUCUUCUCGAUCCGACAUACACUGAAAAGCACCCGUUUCUGUAUGCCAUGAACUUUUGCCUGGGCGAGAUACAGAAGCGGUUCAAAAGAACUUCAUAUUGGAAAAUGCUACCUACACGCGGAAACUACGAGUACAAGAAGCAGAUGCAGGUAAUGCGCAGAAGGAUCUGCUCGGCUUCAUGCUCAAUGCGCGUGCUCCUGAUGAGGACCGGCAACCUUGUCGGACUCGACGACGCCAACAUCUUCGACCAAAUCAUCACGCUGGGCAUUGCUGGCAGUGAGACAAGUGCUGUGACGCUAUCAUGGGUGCUAUAUCUGCUCUUGGCCGAUACUGGAAUCAAGCCUGGUCAGCCAAUCAGUGUCAAGGAGGCGAACUCGCUCAAGUACCUGACGCAAGUCAUCAAGGAAACCUUGCGCCUGUAUCCACCUGUCCCGUCGAUCAACAAGUACUGCGGCUUCCAAGUCAAACGCGGCCAGGUGAGUCCAGAUGUCUACAAGGACCCACAUCGCUUCGACCCUGACCGCUUUUCAGACGAGAACAUGAAGUUGAUCCCAGAGAGCGCCUGGUUGCCAUUCUCGGCAGGCCAGCGCAGCUGCAUCGGAUUCCAACUUGCAAUGAUCGAGAUGCGCAUUAUUUUGGCUCGGUUGCUAUCCAACUAUGAGUUUUGUUGCAUCGAUGAUGUAGAGGCCAUCUAUGAUCCGCAAAGCAUUACAACAAAACCACUCAAUCUAGUAAUGGCGGCACACAAGCGGAUCAACUUCCCAGCGCCUGGCGCCGAGACCUUCAUUUCAGACUCCACACAUGCCACAGCACCAGCCGCCAGUGUCAGCAAGAUCAGUGCUCCUGUUGUUGUCACAAAUUCCGAUGAGCUGCCGCGGGUUUCAAUCCUGUUUGGGUCCAACAUGGGUGUGAGUGAGGAAUACGCUGCACAAUUAAGCGAGCAGGUUGUGCGCAUGGGUUUUGAGGACACAUCUGUCCAGGCGCUUGACGACUGGGAUAUCUUAUCAGCCAAGGCCGCUGGUGGUAAGCGCACUCUGGCCAUCGUGAUCACGAGCACUUACAACGGCUUGCCGCCCGAUAACGCAACCCAGUUCGCCAAGUCGCUCGAUGGAACAAGCCAGGCUGAUCUACUGCACGGUGUCGACUAUGUUGUGUUUGGAUGUGGCAACUCACUCUGGCGUACGUACCAGAAGUUCCCGCGCCAUAUCCACAAGCGUCUUGGUAUGCUUGGUGCGACUCCUCUAAGCGAAUUCCAAUUUGGCAACUCUAAUGACGAUUUGGACGAGGAUUUCUUGCAGUGGUCUCUGCGUAUCUGUGCACUUGUCACUGAUCACUACGGCUCGGGCACCGAAGGGCUUGUCGAGGCAGUUUCAGCUCCAAACCUAGUCGGUGGCACCGCGGCUCCGUUCAGAAUCGCUUCUGAGAAUGCUAGCAUCAAGAUUAACCAAGAGUUGCAAGAUGUCAGCAAGAGCGGCCGCAGUACUCGGCACAUCGAGAUUGUGCUGGAUCAGUCCUCGGGUAUUCAGUAUCAGACCGCCAACAAGCCCGGUGUGGUGCAUGAGGUUGCUGCAAUUCUUGGCAUGGAUAUAGCAAGCGUACUCAAAAUCGAGCAGGUUUCAAAUGCUUCCCGUUUCAGUCGUUCGGCUGCCGCUGCUAUCCAAGGAGCAACAUGCUCGGUCUCUGACGCACUUCAGUACGUAUGUGACUGGAAGGAAGCGCCCUCGCGCGAGCUGGUUGUUGCGCUGGACGAGGUUGCUGGUGACGAUGCUGCGUACAAUGUCCUGCGCAAGGCGGCUGACGAUGUCAAUACGCUGGGAAAGCAGUCGCUUGGCUGGAGCGAGUUCAUUUCGCAGACUCGCACAGUCCUAGAUGUUCCGUUCGGGUCGAUUCUGCACUUUGUGUCGGCCAUGGCUCCUCGUCGCUACUCGAUCGCCAUACAUCUUUCGGUUGCGAUUGUUGAUGACAUCAUCAAUGGUCGCUUGUAUGGCGGUCUGGCAACUGAGUACCUUGCAUCACUGGAGUCUGGCUCUCGUCUUUCGUCAGCCUUCCACCUGCCGUCCUCAUCUGCUAUACCAGUCCUGUUCAUCGGUGCUGGCACUGGAAUCGCGUCGUUCCGCGGCUUCCUGCAAGAGAUGAAUCACACAGGCACCGGCGAUGCCACGCUGUACUUUGGCUGCCGCAGCCCAGAGUAUGACUACCUCUACAAGGACGAGCUCGAGCAAUACAUCCAGAGUGGCACACUGGCCAAGCUACCAGCCUGCGUUUUUCGCGUGUUGGUAGUGAGCACAAGUACGUGCAGGCACCACAUUUCUGCCGAUGCGGGUGGCCGCAUCUAUGUCUGUGGCUCAGCAGAUAAACUGGCCAAGGACGUUGUCAGGACCAUGGUUGAUGUUUUCCAGACCCAUGGUCACCUUUCUUCCGCCGAUGCAAGCAAGUACCUUGCUGACCUGGUUGCGGCCAAUCGUUACGUGGAAGAUGUAUGGUAA